AUGGGCCUUGACAAAAACGAUCCGGGGAAUACUGAAGCUUUUCCUAAGACUUCCGGCGUCGUUACGGGUGAGCAAUCCGACCCGCAACCACCGGAUCCUCGAUGGCCAUAUCUUGGUCGAUGGUCAAAAGCUGUCACUCAACCAAUAAUGUCGGUUCAACAAAAAGAAAUUGGGGUUCCCACUUCUUUUGCUGCUCCUCCUCCUGAAAUUAUUGACACUUCAACGGAACAAGAAACAGGGGACACUCCUCCUACUUCUGAAACCGUUUCCUCUCCUCGUGCACCUGCAUCAACCGACCCUCAUCCACCAGUUCCUGUAACUAGUCGGAUUCAACCAACUGAUGAAUAUACCUCAGUGCCUCUCACCGAUGAACGAGCAGUUGUUCAUCAGGAAACAAACCAGUUGGUCACUUCAGGUCUUACUGAAGCUUCUGAAAAGGGCGACCAAGAAGAUGAACCGAACACAGAAACAAUAUUUGUUCCAACUAUGGGAGCGUGGUCGAAACCACUCCGAUUCACCCCACCUCCAACACCUCCAGAACCUACUACUCCUAAACUUGGAUUCACAGAAGUUGUAAAAAGCCAAAUAGCUUGUUUCUGGCCUACAAUAAAUGAGUCUAUUGUCAAGGGUCACAAGAAUACGAAGGAAAAAUUGGCGUAUCCAGUCCAAACAACCUCCCAAUUACCUAUAGAAAAAUUGCCACCUCAUGUGCUCAAGGAAGACGGUUCCCUCCGUCCGGUAGACUCGCUUAAAAUCCCUGAGAUUUCAACUCUCCCAGUCUGGGUCACCCUUAAGAAUAUCCCAGAUUCUUGCUACUCAAGAUUGGGUAUCAGUCAUAUAGCAUCAGGUUUGGGAGAGCCAAUGCUUACUCAUAGGCCUCGUUUAGAUCCAACAAGUAUGGGGGAAGCUAAAAUUUUAGUGGAGAUUGAGUUAGAUAAACCAUUCCCAAAGCUAAUUGCGCUUGAUGACAAGCAAGGCAACAUCUACUUGGUGGAAGUGGAGUAUUCUUGGAUUCCUAGUGCUUGUGAAAGAUGUGGAGCUCUUGGGCAUAAGGAAAAGAGGUUUCUACUAUCUGCUAAGACUCUUGGAAUAGCUCAUGUCACAAAAGAUACUCAGAAACCUAAUGAAGAGAUCCCAAUGGUGGAUAUAGUUAAGCUGUUGCAACAAUCCCCUGCUACCCCGGCUACCAACUUCGAUCAAAACCCAAGCUCUACUUCCACACACCAAUCGCCUGAGACUCCAAAAAGGUCUUUGCUUACUAGUAAUUCUGAGGACCCCACUGAUGGACCUUCCUCCAAUGUGCCCGAGGUACAUUCUAUUCCUCGUUCUAAGUCUGAUACUACUUUACCAUCGUUAGCAGUCACUGUCGCUGCCCCAUCUGCGUUACAAAUUAUGGAGGAAACUCCAUCUCCCGUACAUAUUAGAGAAGCCUCUCAUACUUAUGAAACGGAGCAACAUUUUGGGGAGAGUUUUAACCAAGACUCACCUCACUCUCAAAACAGAAAUGAAGAAGGUAUGUUAUUGGUUGGAAAAACAUCUGGUUAUAACACGACUAGAGAAGGAAGACCAAUAAAACCGACUCAAAAAGUUCAAGAUAUAGAAUGGAAAACUGUUAGAGGAAGGGGUAAACGAGGUCGUCGCGGCCGAGGGAACUACUAUCACUAA